UCUUGUUGAAUGCUGUUUCCUUGCACUUAUUAUAUCUCUUCAAUGCCUCUUUAGAAUAAGAGUUACAUAUGUUUUACUGCCAUGUAAAGUAGCUGCCUGUUUCCACUUUCACUUCAGCUCUCCUGCCUCCUGGUUUGUGCGUCUGUCCCGGACGAGGGGGCGGUGGGGUGGCGUCACGUCAUAUCAGCCGCCGCGCUCUGAUUGGCUGCCGAUUCUCACCCGACACAGCUGUGAUUGUUUUCUGCAGAGGAAGCUCUUGUCCCUGGUAUGAGCUCUGUGCUGUGGAAUGGAGCAGCACUGUGUGUUUUUUUCUCUCUGUGUGCGUCUGCUAACGAUGAUGUGAACAAACAACGUGAUUGCAGUCCUUGUUGUAAAGAGCAGGAAAACAAGGAGGGGGUCCCGGCUUAAUCGUUUCCGCGGCGCGAAUGAACACGAGAGCUGGUUUCUGUUUGGAGCAGACACUGAAGACGUCUGGAGAUCAAGCCCUAAAGUGCCAAAUGCCCAGACUAGAGGACCACUGCUGGAGCUGCUCCUGUGCAUCAAGGGUAGAAACUAAGCACUCAUCAUCUGGAGCAAACUGGUUAGCAUCCAAAGCUGAAGAAAUGAUGUCCAUCAUCACCUCGGUGCUCAGCAAUGCCUACGGCUCGCUGCACGACGUCCGGACGGCCAACCUGAUCCGCCGGGGUCUCGUCCUCUUCACGGUGGGAGUCUUCCUCGCCCUGGUGCUCAACUUGCUGCAGAUACAAAGAAAUGUCACCCUGUUUCCCGAGGAGGUGAUGACAACUUUGUUUUCGUCUGCCUGGUGGAUCCCGCCUUGCUGCGGCACAGGAGCCGCUGUUGUCGGCCUGCUGUACCCCUGCCUCGACAGCCAUCUGGGAGAGCCGCACAAGUUCAAGAGGGAGUGGGCCAGCGUCAUGAGGUGCAUCGCAGUGUUCGUCGGCAUCAACCAUGCCAGUGUUAAACUAGACUUCGACAACAAUGUGCAGCUCUCCCUAACGCUGGCAGCCUUGUCCUUGGGCCUGUGGUGGACCUUCGACCGGUCCAGGAGCGGCUUUGGUCUGGGCAUCACCACUGCCUUCCUAGCUACUGUGAUCACGCAGCUGCUGGUCUACAACGGAGUCUACCAGUACACAUCUCCAGACUUCUUGUAUGUACGCUCCUGGCUCCCAUGCAUAUUCUUCUCAGGCGGUGUUACUGUGGGGAACAUUGGACGCCAACUUGCCAUGGGUGGUGUUGAGAAACCCCACAUGGACUGAACGGCGGCUAAAGGCGGAAAAAAACCCGGCGAAGGACACCCAAUGCAAAAAAACGGACUAGUUAUGUGAAGAACGGGGAGGAGAAUAGGAGAGAAAAGACUCAUUGUUUUUGACUUCAUCCGUUGUUCUCAUAACAAAGUGCGGGUCAGAAAAAAGCCCCUCAUCUAACGUGCCAUGUCCUCUGCACCUCCUUGUGGCCAAACAACCUCUCCCUCCCACCUCUGUUGUACCCCUUUAGCAUUAAGGCUUCCUUGCCUUUUUUUUUUUUUUUUUUUUUUUUUUUUUUUUUCUUUUUUUUUUUUUUUUUUUUUU